AGUUUGCUAGUUGCUCCCCUAUAAACACUGCGAUCACGAACAUUGUGUGGAACAUCUUCACUAAUUUGCGCCAUUUCGCGGGUCACCUGGGUGCUAUAAUGUUUCCCGCUCUGCGUCUGAUGGUCAAGGUUGUAGUGUGUGUACUGCUGAUUACGGAUGUCCUUGUUGCCGGUAUGGCCGUCCUCCCCAUCAGCUUGGAUACGUCCGAGCCUGAACCAUCGAUCAAGCCUUACACGCGAUUCCUGAUGGCCAAGCGGCCUUUUUGCAAUCGGUUCGGUGGAUGCGGCGGGGCCGGGCGUUUUGGCAACAGUAAACGAUGGGCGAGCGAGGAAGCACCAAUGAUGGACAAGGAUGUAGCCGCUUUUUUACCGUCGGAUGACCUGUACCCCAAAGACGUAAAUCGCUUACGCCAGUUGGCCAUUUUACGGCAGUAACCAGCCACCAGAUCGCUGUAUAAUAUGAACAUGACCUUUCCAAUCCGGACCUUACCGUACACGUGGAGCUGUCAGCCGGCCAAAGUUCUGCAACCUGAACAGCAACCAAUAAACAAAUCGUCCGAUUUAUAAUGUGAUUGCAUGUGUAAUUAAUUAUAAUGUCGCUUUCGCCAUAACCUAUAGUUUGUUGCUGCAUGUUGUCAUUUAACAUGAAAACGCACUGGAUAUUCUUUAUCCAGUUGAUCUUGUAUCUUUUAGUAUAUUUGAACUGUGUAUUACAUCGAACUUAUCUAUUCAAAUGCUGUCAUGAUAUUUUAUCUAGUAAGUAAAUACCUUUUUUUCUUCCGGUUGUUUUACAAAAUUUGUUAUAUACAUAAUCAGCUAAACAAAUUUUAAUCUGUGCGCAUGAAGGUGUAUGUACGCCAACGCAGGCUGCUCGUAUACAAUGAGGCAAAUAA